AUGUCGGAGGUUGAUCUGCAGGAGAUUUAUAACACGGCACUUGAAGUGGCUAGCAGAGCUGGCCAGGUGAUCAAAGAAGCUUUCCUGAAAGAGAAACUGGUGGACACCAAGCAGAGCCAGGCAGACUUGGUCACGGAGACAGACAAAGCUGUGGAGAUACUGGUCCAUCAACUCAUCACAACCAAGUUUCCUAGCCAUAAGUUUAUUGGUGAGGAAACAACGUCAGCCACAGGUGAACAAUGCAAGCUUACCGAUGAUCCCACAUGGAUUAUUGAUCCUGUUGAUGGGACCACCAAUUUUGUUCACAGUAUUCCUGAAGUGGCGUUCUCACUUGGCGUGGCUGUGGGCAAGAAGGCUGUUGUGGGAGUGGUCUACAUUCCCAUGAAGGAAGAACUGUUUACAGCUCGGCUAGGUCAUGGAGCUUUCCUGAACGGGAACAAGUUACAGCCCAGCAACAUUCAAGAGCUGAAGAAGUCGGUUGUCAUCAUGGAAGCCGGUAGCUCCAGGGACAUAGCUGUGGUCAAUGACAAGAUGAAGAACAUGCAUACAGUGGUCACACAUUCUCACGGAAUCCGGUCAUAUGGAUCUGCAGCUUUGAAUCUUUCAUAUGUAGCUGCAGGACGUGGUGAUGCGUACGUGGAAUACGGUAUACACAUAUGGGAUUUCAUAGCUGGAGCACUAAUCGCCACAGAGGCUGGGGCUGUUGUCCAGGAUCCCACAGGAUCUGAACUGGAUUAUUUACAUCGUAGGAUACUCUGUGCCAGCACGCCAGAACUGGCCUCGGAGUUAUCCUCUGUUCUCACUCAUCUCGACAUGGGCUACGACUGA